GCCCCGCCAAUGGGCGGGCGGCAGCGGAUUGGGCGGCGCGGCCGGGGGAGCGCCGUGACGGAGCCCUUCCUGCGGGGCAACUGAUUGGUCAGUGCCCUGAGGGGGCCCCGGCCAGUGAGCUGAUUGGUUGGUGACGGCAGCCAGACGGUGACACUGACAGUGACACAGUAACAGCGGUGAUGGGCGCAGGGACAGAGCCGGCGGAGGCGCAGUGUGACUCAUUGGAGGGGAGGAUCUACCUGGACUACAAUGCCACCACCCCCCUGGCCCCCGAGGUGUCCCAGGCCGUGUGGGAUGCCAUGUGCCAGGCCUGGGGCAACCCCAGCAGCUCCCACCCCGCAGGCAGCAAGGCCAAGGAGCUCAUCGGCAGCGCACGGCAGAGCCUGGCCAACAUGCUGGGAGGCCGCCCCGAGGACAUCAUCUUCACCUCAGGGGGCACAGAGGCAAACAACAUGGUGAUCCACACUGCCUGCAGGCACUUCCAUGACAGCCAGCGUGGGACAGGGAACAGCCAGGGCAUACCACACAUUGUGACAUCGAGCGUGGAGCACGACUCCAUCCGCCUGCCGCUGGAGCAGCUGGGGAAGGAGGGCCUGGCAGAAGCCACCUUUGUGCCUGUGUCCCCACGGAGCGGGCAGGCAGAGGUGGACGACGUCCUGGCUGCCAUCCAGCCAAACACCUGCCUGGUGUCCCUCAUGCUGGCCAAUAACGAGACCGGGGUGAUCAUGCCCGUCGCAGAGCUGAGCCAGCGCGUCUGUGCCCUCAACCGGCGCCGAGCGGCGCAGGGGCUGCCCCGGAUCCUGGUGCACACGGAUGCAGCACAGAUGAUUGGCAAGGGGCGCGUGGACGUGCAGGAGCUGGGCGUGGACUACCUGACCAUCGUGGGACACAAGUUCCAUGGCCCACGGAUCGGAGCGCUGUACAUCCGCAGCCCCGGCACCGCCACCCCGCUGCACCCCCUGCUCUUUGGAGGGGGACAGGAGAGGAGUUUCCGGCCAGGCACUGAGAACACCCCGAUGAUUGCUGGCCUUGGCCAGGCUGCAGAGUUGGUGAACAAGAACUGGGAGGCCUAUGAGGCUCAUAUGCGGGAUGUCCGGGAUUACCUGGAGGCCACGCUGGAGGCCUCCUUUGGGAAGCAGAGGAUUCGCUUCAACAGUCACUUUAAGGGCUCCAAGCGACUCUGCAACACCUGUAAUUUCUCCAUCCUGGGCCCAGGCCUUCAAGGACGGAGGGUGCUGGCUCACUGCAAGGUGCUCCUCGCCAGCGUCGGGGCUGCCUGCCACUCUGACAAGGGGGAUCGGGUGCAGAGCUCCUGUUGCCAGCUCCACCUGCUCCUCAAGGAAACGGUUCUCAGGGCAGCUGUGACUGUGCCAGCACCUGAGGGACACCUGCAUGGCCCAGGGGGUCUCUGGCAUCACCAGCACUGGAGGACACAAGUGUCACAUGGAUCAGGAGUGUUGCCAUCUGGGCUGGCUGAUGUCAGGGAACUUCAUCUCCCUAAGUAUUCAUAGGAAUAAAAGUAAUUGCUGCUUCUUU